CCGCCACCCAAACACAUGCAGUACUACCGUAUUAUUAUUAGGGACGUGUCCCUGUCGUCCACACCCGAAUCUACGCCCUUGAACAGUGCGCACAAGAGAUUCCCAGAGAAAACAGAAAGAGAGAUGCCCACGAUUAAACUGCAGAGCUCCGAUGGGGAGAUAUUUGAAGUCGACGUUGAAAUAGCUAAACAGUCCGUCACCAUUAAGACUAUGCUUGAAGAUCUGGGCAUGGAUGAUGAAGGAGAUGACGACCCUGUUCCGCUUCCCAAUGUUAACGCCGCUAUUUUGAAGAAGGUGAUCCAAUGGUGUACCCACCACAAAGACGACCCUCCCCCCCCCGAGGACGACGAGAACAAAGAGAAAAGGACAGAUGACAUCCCUGUCUGGGAUCAGGAGUUUCUGAAGGUUGAUCAAGGAACAUUGUUCGAACUGAUCCUGGCCGCCAACUAUUUGGACAUCAAGGGAUUGUUAGAUGUCACAUGCAAAACUGUCGCAAACAUGAUCAAAGGAAAGACUCCGGAGGAAAUAAGGAAGACGUUCAAUAUCAAAAAUGAUUUCACAGAAGAGGAGGAAGCGCAGGUACGCAAGGAGAACCAGUGGUGUGAGGAGAAGUAAGCCAACACUAACGCACUGUAAGGAUCGUUCCGGAAUUUGGUUGCACUGCGCUGUUCAUACUCAUUCACACGAAUUACUAGACUGGCAGACCCUUGUAUUUUGCAUGAUCAUUCUUAGUUCUUGUAUGGUGGAAAUGUAAAAUUCUAUUUUUUCAGUUUUUACAAAUUGGGCAGUUUGCUCGUUUCACAUUUAUAUAUUUUUUUGACCUUGGAUGCAUCUUUCUAGUUUAUUUUUAUUUUUUGUUUAACUGGAAAUAUUGUUCUGGAAUAAGUUUAGCAGAGAUUUACAGUUAUGUAAGCGCUGUGCUUCUCCAGACAGCAUCUGUUAUUUAAAAUGUUAUAGAUGUGUGUAUAAAAUUCCAGGUAGGGUUUAUUGUGCCCUCAAUAGUGCUCGUAAACAAAGGAAAUAGUUUGUCACAUAAUUCGGUAUUUACCUUGCCUUCUAUCAGUGGACAUCUUACUUUGCUCUUAACGAUGUUUAGAAAUGUUAGUUGAAUUAAAUAAACAAGCAGAUUAUUUUCUACCUUGUGCUGGUUUGUAAAUCGCGGCACUCGCCUUAGAGGUUUGUGCUGUGAUGCCACUCAGAAUAGAGCCCUAGGUUAAAGUCCUUCAUUCGGCCUGUCGGCCUAGGACUCGCGAAUAAAGCUGCCAGACAGUCUUGUCGUGGGAUAGUCGAACUCCGAAAGUCAUUUUUUUUGUGAGGAAAUGCAGAAAUGGCCCUGGUCUGUAAGAAGCAGCGUUACCUGAUUUUUGUUUUAAAGGAAGACGCCGACAAAUUCAGGAAAAGAUGUUAGUCGUCCUAAAUGCUGUGACAUCUUCCCCAUGUCCUUUAGGCUCACAGAUCACUUUCUGUUAUCCUUGUAUGCAAGAAAUUUUUGCCAAAACCAGUCAUAGGAAUUACGUUGUACAUUUGUGUCCUGAGGAGAGUAGGCCGCUGGGUCAAUCUCACGAACUUCUGAAUUCGAAAAAACGCAGCAGUUUUUGUAUAGAGCAGUUAACUUUAGUUAUAUUAAUUGCCAUGGGUUGCUCCCAAUUCUAAUUUUUUAAACCAUAUCCCCCAAAUACUGUGAUAGUUAAGGUCAAAUAGUGCACAGCUAGGAAAUGCUCCAUUGCAUUUAUCUUUCAACUUUAUUGCAUUUAACCCACAAUAAACAAUUUGUGGUAAGAUGCAUGUUUUUUGCUUUUCUUUGGGUCAUGUUUUCAUCUUUAACUCUUGCCCGGGAUUUGAGAAAUAAAUGGUAAUAAAACUGA